CAGGAUUUGCAAUGUGGCUGAAGACUCCAAGGAGAUGGCGGUUGCCCCGAGGGCGGACUACGAAAGUCUUUCCCCUCCAGCGCCGCCCUCGCUCCCUGCUCUCCCCGCCCUCAUAGAGCCAUAGAGACGCCCCGCCCGCGCAGAUAGAGCGUCCGUUCCAAGAAGCGGCGCGGGCGGGGGUCCAAGGUUAUCGGCGCAGAGCCAAGCCGCGCGUCCUCCCUGGCCAUAGAGGAGCCGGCGGAGUCGGACAGAGCGUCUCCCAGCCCGGCCAUAGAGUGGCUGCCGGCCGUCGCCGGCUCGGGGGCAUCUCGCCAUUUUAGAGGAGAGCGGGCGGAGGCCGAGCCGAGGCCAGGUACUGGGGGAACCGGGCCCCUGGGGCUGUCUCCGGCGCCCCGUUGGCGUUAGCGGGCGGCUGUGAAGCUGCUGUGCCCGGGGUCAGGUGCAGAGCUGCCAUGGGAAACACCACCAGCGAUCGAUUGUCUGGGGAACGUCAUGGCUCCAAAUCUCACCGCUCUGAUGGAGCCAGUAGCACCCAUUCCACGAAGGAUCAUCCCCACAAGAUCAUGGUGGGCAGCACUGAUGACCCCAAUGUUUUCAGCACCCUUGACUCCAAGCUUGCUGGGGAGAAGGAGUUUAUGUCAUGGCAGCAUGAUCUGGAAGAGUCAGUAAAGCCUUCACAGCAGGCUCGUCCCACUGUCAUUCGCUGGGCUGAUGGAGGCAAGGAGGUCUUCAUCUCUGGGUCCUUCAACAACUGGAGUGCCAAGAUCCCACUCAUCAAAAGCCACAAUGACUUUGUUGCUAUUCUGGACCUGCCCGAGGGCGAGCACCAAUACAAGUUUUUUGUGGAUGGCCAGUGGGUUCAUGACCCUUCCGAGCCUGUGGUCACCAGCCAAAUGGGCACCAUUAACAAUCUGAUUCACGUCAAGAAGUCUGACUUCGAGGUAUUUGAUGCAUUAAAGGUGGAUUCUCUGGAGAGCUCAGAGACUUCGUGUCGAGACCUGUCUAGCUCCCCGCCAGGACUCUAUGGUCAGGAAAUGUAUGUGUAUCGACCGGAGGAGCGCUUCAAAUCUCCACCCAUCCUCCCUCCUCACCUCCUCCAAGUCAUUCUCAACAAGGACACCAACAUCUCUUGUGACCCAGCUCUUCUACCGGAGCCCAACCAUGUCAUGCUCAACCACCUCUAUGCACUCUCCAUUAAGGACGGCGUGAUGGUGCUCAGUGCCACUCAUCGCUACAAGAAGAAGUAUGUCACCACUCUGCUGUACAAGCCCAUCUGAUCGUGUGUCUCACCGCGUAGCACACGAGGAAUGCCAUGUUGUCUGCACGCACUAGGCGACAGGCCUACAAAGAACUGGUGGUUGGCUCUAGCUGAAUGUGGCAGGGGUGGAAGGGGAUGAGCCCAGCCCUGCUGGGUGUCUGAGCUAUUCCCUCUGUAUUCUGUUGGUGAGAUUUGAUUUGACCCUUUCAUAGCCUCCCUCUUUGGGGGCCUCUGGCUUUGCUGAGUUCCCUGGCUUGGUCUAUUGCCUGCCAGCCUGGCUCCCCAUGAGGGAGUCACAGCAGGGAAGCUCUUCCCCAGCCCCUCUGCUUGUAAGGGCUUUGGCCAGUGCCUGUGGUGGGGCAGAGCCAUGUCACUCUCCCUGUGUACACCAUGCCAAGGCUCUCUAGAAUGGCCUGCUUCAGGGCAGAGUGCAGGGGGUGUCUGCACCUGAGCUCUGCAGGCCUGGGCUGGCUUCCUACCCCCUGCGCUCAGCUGACGGGACUGGAAUGUGCACAUGGCUCCCCUGAGCAGAGACCAGGGUUAGUCGUUUCCCCCACCACCACCCACACUCACUGCAUUGGAGGGUUGGUCCCAACCAACACUCACACUCACACUCUCUAUCCUGCCCGCCUCAGGCAUCGACACCCCCAGCAUUCAGCUUGAGCUGUGGGCCUAGGCUCCAGCAUGCUGAGCCUGGACUUCUGUGGGGCCAAGAGGUGAGAAUUUCCCAGGUUUAGGCCACAGCAAAAUGGCUCCGUGCUGCCCUCCCCUGGCCAGUGCAGCAUAGAAACUGCUGCUGUGAUGGAGCAAUUAGCGCCCCUACUGUCUGAGAGGAAGAGCCUGAGCUGCUGAGAUGUCUGUCACUUAGAGGCUGGGUGUUCUCUCUCUCCUGCUGUGGGCCUGCUCCAGCGCCUGUGUGGGGCAAGGGAAAGGCUCCUGCCGCGUCACUGGCCUUUGCACCAGCUCUCACCAGUCUGGGUAUUUUGUGGGAAGAACUGCAGUGCUAGUGCCUGGUCUCCCAGCUUGCCCAGCAGCUGCCAGGGCUGCUCUGUCUGGGCAGGGGGCUCUCACAUGCACUGGGGUUCUUGGCCUGGUAGCUGAUCUCACUGUUGAGAUGACAAAGUCUCCUGCCCCAGUGCACUGAAGUGGCUGGUUCUGUCUUGGCUAAGAGCUUUCUCAGGGUCUCAGUGCAAGGUUCUGCCAUUGCCUCAGGCUGGGCUCCGCAGCGCUCACUGGCUCUGCAGCCCUUCUCUGUGGGGGGAGCACUAGUGGCUGAGCUCAGCCUUCCUGGGUCACUUGUCCUGAGGAAUGUUUAGUGAGUGCCACUGUCGCAAGUCCUUUGGGCUAAGCCUCUGCCAGGUUCAGCUCUUAGCUUGCGGGUGGGGAGGGGGCAUUGCCAUUGUAUGCAAUUGCACUUUACCAGGCACAAGGAGAGCACUGGCUCCCCAUCCUGCCGGAGUGCCUGCGGGGGCGGGGGUUGCGCUGUGCGAUGGCGAGAUGAACACGGCUGUGCAUGCUCCGCUGGACCCUGGACGGGCUGCAGAUGCCUGGAGCUGAGCAGACGGCUGCCUGGGUGGGAGGCCAAACUGGACAAGCAGCAGCAGCUUCGGCCCAGCCCAGUGAAACCAGCAUGACCAUGGUGCUCACUGACCAAGAGGGAAAUUUCUGCUCGGAGGUGAAAAGGAGGCAGGGCCAAGCCCGUCCUUCUGGGGCAGCUGCCCUCUUCCCUGUUGGUGUGGGGAGGACUCGGCCCUGAGGGCUUGCUGACAGGUCAGCCUGGCACUGCUCCAGCACUGGGAAGGGCAGGCACUGGCUCUAGGCUGUGGAUUAGUUACUGCUCUCUGUGCUGCGGGGCCCGGCUAGAGCUGUUAGCAUGACUCGCACAGCAGAGGCUCCUGCCAUUGUUAGGGCUGGUGCCUCUAUCAUGUAGGAGAGGUGCCGGGUGCCUCAGACCAUGCCAAGAGCCAGAGGGUCAGCUUGCUCCCUGCUAACCGUCCCUGUGAGGAGCAGAGGGCCAAGCUGAGGCAAUGCUGCCACGCCCUAUGGGACUGCUGCCUCUAAGGUGGAAAGCCCAGAGUCUGGGUGCUGUGGCCGCUUGCCUGCCUGCCUGGUGAGCGUGGCUCUGCGGCCAGGCGUUGGGGCUCAGCUAAAGGAAAGGGCUUGGACCAGGACAUGCUGGGCACUGGCUCCCAUUGCCAGCCCCUCACAGUCCCCGGUCCUGGAGGCAGGGGGGUGAAGAGGGGCAGGUCUCCUGGUGCUUGGGUCACACACUUGGGAGAGCUCAGCCUGCUGUGAGGGGGAAGCAGCUGAGCCCCUUGUCCUGGCCCAGGGCUGGAGCCCAGCAAAGGAAGGCAGUGAGUGGAUCACACCGUGCUGCACAGCUGGGGGCUGCACUUCAGUUCCCUGCAUCCUGUGCAGGGAUGGUGGAAUCCCCAGCAUCAAGCUGAAGGCACCCACUGGCCCCUGUCCUGCCCUGCAGAAGCAGCAGGUGCAAAAGCCCCAGGAAGCCCUGCUGGUUCUGCUGUGGGUGCCUGUGCUGUAGCUCACGGCUGUGCUCUCCCAUGGGAGCUGCAGCAGAUGCACAGGGCUAGUAAUGCUGGAGGGGGUGAGGGUAGCCUCAGCCAGCCCUUUCGGAUAACAGCCUGCACAGCUGUUUACUGCUGAACACAACGGCUGUGGUGAGGGGGUUCUUGGACCUGGGGGCUCUUGUGCCCAGGGUUUGGCCUACUGCUCCGGCAGUCAGCACUGAGGCAAGGGCAGCUCCUUGCUGCUGUCCCUGGGAUGGGGCUACAGGCCUGGAUUUGGGGGUAGAAAGGGCACCACAGGUGCCAGGCUCCCUUGCUGAUUUGAUGUAACUCAUAAAGCCAGGCUAAGGCUUUGGCCCAAGCAAUGUGACUAAUAAAGUUUGUUACCGAG